AUGAUAUUAGUAAGUCUUGCUUCAGAUGUGGUGGCAUAUACCCACACAACGAUACUCCAUGUCCAGCACGCGGCAAAGCAUGCAAAAAGUCAGAAAAUUGGACAUUUUGCAAAAUUAUGUAGGAGCAAUAAUAUACAGCGAGCAAAAGCAAUUGACGUCCACGAAGAUAAUUCUACAGUUAACCCACAGUUGACUGAGAAUUCCUGUGUAGUAAAAGGCACAGAAGGAAACUUGUUAGGGUGUGAAACAGCAGUGAAUCUUGGAUUGCUACGCAUUGUGAAUAAUGUACAUUCUACAAAACCUGUACCCACAGUUGGGAAAAUAGUUAAUGAUUUCGUGGAUCGUUUUGAGGGCACUGGAAAGAUGAAACAUGUUAAAGCAAAAUUACAUAUUGAUAAAUCAGUUAAACCAGUCGCUCAACAGCAUCGUCGUGUUCCAUUCCACGUUCGAGGUAAAGUAGAGAAAGAGUUACAGAAAUUGGAAGAGUUAGACAUAAUAGAAAAGGCCGUAGGUGCAACACCGUGGGUUUCCCCGAUUGUUGUUGUGCCAAAGAAAGAAAAUAUUCGUAUUUGUGUUGACAUGAGAGCUCCAAAUACAGCUAUAGAAAGAGAACGUCACCCGAUACCGACAAUAGAAGAUCUGAUAGUAGAUUUAAAUGGUGCUACAGUGUUCACCAAAAUAGAUUUGAACAAGGGAUAUCAUCAAAUAGAACUGGAUCCUGAUUCAAGACACAUAACCACAUUUGCCACACAUUUAGGUUUAUUUCGUUACAAGAGACUAAGUUUUGGCAUAAAUUCAGCGGCAGAAAUAUUUCAGAAGGCUGUCUCUGAUGCACUGCAAGGAAUUCCAGGUGCUAGAAAUAUAUCAGACGACAUAAUAGUAUUCGGCAAGGAACAGACAGAUCAUGAUGACCAAUUGAAAGCUGUAUUGCAGAGACUAAGAGACAAUAACAUUACUGGCAACAGAGAGAAAUGUGAAUUCAGUAAGUCAGAAAUCACAUUCUAUGGGCAUACCUUUUCUUCUAAGGGAGUAUCAGCCGACAAUAAGAAAGUAUCAUCACUACUGAAGGUCAGUGAACCACAGGAUGUAAUGGAAGUCAGAAGUUUUCUUGGCAUGGCACAAUACAUAGCCAGAUUCAUACCAGACUUCGCAUCUAUAUCAGCACCCAUAUGA